AUGCACGCUCUCACCACCGCAGUCGCCCUGAUCGGGUGUCUCGCAUCCUUCACCACCGCGACAGCCCUCACAUUCAAGCUCCCGGCCAACGAAAAAGAGUGCUUCUACGCCCACGUCGACAGAGCGGAGCGGAAGCUCGCGUUCUACUUCGCCGUGCAGAGCGGAGGAGAUUUCGAUAUCGACUACACUGUCUUCGGCCCCGGAAAGGCACCCGGCCAGGAAUUGACGCUGUUCAGCGGCGAGAAGGAGCGGCAGGGAGAUUUCGUCUUCACUGCGAAUCAAGUUGGAGAAUACCGGUUCUGCUUUGAUAACACCAUUUCGACCUUUUCGGAGAAAUUGAUUGAUUUCGAGAUUUCGAUUGAGCACGAGGAACGCGCGAGUCUGCCUCAGAAGGGUGGAGCCAGCGCAGAGCAGCUCAGUAGCGUCGAUGAGAGCAUCAUGCGCAUUUCCGGCCACGUCUCGGUUCUGACGCGACAGCAGAAAUACUUCCGCACCCGUGAGAACCGCAAUUUCAGCACGGUCAAGAGCACGGAGAACCGGAUAUUCAAGUUGAGCUUGAUGGAGAGCGGGAUGAUGGUUGCGAUGGCGGGUCUGCAGGUUUUGGUGGUCCGGUGGUUCUUCACGGGCGGUCGUAAAGGUUAUGUUUGA